AUGAGAACACCAAUCAACAUUUUGAUAGUAAACAUGGCACUCUCCGAUCUGUUGUACCCGAUUUUCCUCUUUCCUAAAAUUUUUGUAGAGUUAAACACGGCCGGCCACUGGCUGGUUGGCGGUCCCCUUGGCCAUACGGCGUGUAAACUAAGUCUAUUCACUGGAGAUGUCUCAACUCUAGUUUCAGUUCAGAGCCUGUUGUUGAUCGCAGUGGAUCGAUUUGGGGCUGUAGUAUUUCCUCUCCGUUCCCCACUGAUUAGUUCAAAGCAGUGCCGGUACUUCAUUCUCGUCAUUUGGAUCAUCGCCAUGGCGGUCCAUUGUCCAUAUUUGAUCGCCCUGAAAGUUGUCGAGUAUCCAGAGGGGCUGUUUUGUGGGUGGCAGUGGAAUGACACAUUUGGAGAGUCCCUAUCGCAGCAAACCUACAUACUUGGAUUGAUCGUUGUUACCAACUACAUUCCUUUGGUUUUGAUUUCCAUACUUUAUUUUGCCAUUGCCUUAAGAAUUAAAUCGCAGAAGAUUCCUGGGGAACAAUCAGCUAACGCAAGAGAACGGCGUUUGAAGAAAGAAAGAAAUGUUCUUAAUAUGUCCGUUGCCAUUGUCUUGGUGUUCGCCGUAUGCUCGUUGCCACUCAGCAUCUACGCCCUCCUGUCCCUUUAUUCAUCAAACAUAGCUAUAUGGUCAUCUUGUAGCAUGCAAUACUUUGGAACUAUUGCCUUUCUUCUGGCGUGCUCGUACUGUGCUGUAAAUCCUUGCAUCUGUUUUAUCUUCAGUGGUAAUUAUCGUCAAGGUCUCAAGAAUCUCUUCGGUUGUUUUCCUACAGGCGAAGCUGCUUAGUUAUCGUUUCCUCCCCAGCCUUCUGCAUGCUGUUUGGAUUUAUCCGCGCAUUGAUGUGGCUGAACAUGCCCACCGGUUCUUUAUCCCUAUUUAUAGAGAAUUUGAGCAGAGACAUUUUGGAGACGCGGGCAGCAACAGGAGAAAGAAUAAAACUAAAUCUGGCGCGAUUUGACACUGAUUCAUCGACCGUAAGGAAUAAGAACUUUUAAUUUUCAAUUGGUCAGGCAAAGUGACAAUAGACGUUGUUGAGAUAAUGUGGGAUCUCCUUAAAACACACGCCAGUGGCAACGCGUAAUAAAUUAAAGAAAAACUUUAGAGCUGAAGUUAAUCAGAAAGGGAAUACUGUAAACGUUGUAGCGGCAACGUGUAAUAAAUUAAAGAAGAAGCUUUAAAGUUGGAGUUAAUCAGAAAGGGAAUUCUGUAAACGUUGUAGCGGCAACGCGUAAUUGAUUAAAGAAGAAGCUUCCGUGAGCACAAUUCUUGGUACCUUCCGCCCAGUUUGCUCAUGCAAGCCAGUUUCCUUCAAACGUUCAAUAGUUGUUUGAACUGUGGUUUCAGGAUUUCUGGUUUUAAUGUUAAUAUAACAAUCAUUUUAAAUAUUUUAGACUCAGCCUUUAAAAUGAAAGACUUUUUUCGAUCAAUAAGCUGCUAUAAUUAGAUGAGAAAAAAUAAAGUCUGAUUUAAAUCCAAGAUGAAAUAAAUAACAUCAAAAAAAGCUAUGCGGACUGGUUUUUCUCUCAUAAGCUAAAUCGUUAUUACGGUUAUUCCUCUCAAGUCCCGUAUUUAUUAGAUUGACGCCUCACCUUGAUUAUGGGCCCUCCCCUCUACUUCUGCUUCCCCCUCCCCACCCCCCUGCUUGCAAAAAAAAUUGUAGUGUAUAGGAGGAGGCUCUUCAGAAGGCGAUGGUAACAGUUAAAAUGUCGGCCAUUUUACGGCUAGCGGUUAACUUCCUUCCUUUGUGAUUACUAAGAAAAUUUUUACUGUUAAUUUUUUUUGCGACUAAAGGUUAAAAUUUGCCAAUUUUUCCGCCUAACGGCUAAACUGUUAGGCCGUUUUAUGCCUAACGGUUAACCCGAUCGAGAGCCUCUAAGAGGAGUGUAACUUAUUCAAUAUUUCCUUACAAUCUCGAAAUUCAUUGCCUAUGGUACAUCUUCACGUAUUGUUAUUAUUUAUCAUUUUGUGGCGAAAUAAACUAAAUACUUGCUGAAAAUGAAGUAAAUCACAAAAGCGCCCUCCUCGAAUAAGCGGUUACUCUGAAAGUCUAAAAAUGUAUUAAGCGCCCAGGGCGUUUACUCGAAAAAAUACGGCGAUCCUUGUUUUACGCACAUGCCCGACGUCGAUUUAACCACGAACUUAAAUGAGAAUUCAUUGUCGGCGGAAAGCUGCAAUCCCUUCCUGGUAGAUUAUGCUGAUGUUUUGAAAUUGACUUUCAUUACGGAGAGUUUUGCUAGAACGCAGCUUUUGAAAGGCUAACCCCAAACACUUAAAGUAAAGAGUGCUUCAUCAUGCUGCAUGAGUGAUAAUCACUCAGUGGUUUUAUUUUGUCUUAAAAGUGUCCCGUGGACUGGUAACGAAUUAGCAGGUGAUAACGUAGAAAACUGUCAAACUUUCUUCUAGAUUUCUUCUACUUUCCGGCUCCAUCAUAGUUGCCGACGUGUCUUCACAGUUUUCUACGUCACAGCUAUGUAAUAUGAUCGUUUUGGCCGCGCGCUUAAUGGCGGUACUUUUUGGCCACCAAAUCGUACUUUCAAUGCACAAAAAAUUGGUCAAGAAGAACUCGCUAGGCGCUAAGGUCGAUUAUUUCUAACUUUAAAAACAGCUAUUAACCGGAAAAUGCAAAAAAAAAUUUCGCGUCACAGGCACUUUAAGACAUGAUCCAUGACAACAAACCCAAACAAUUUAAAAAUUCAAACAUCCCUUUUACAAUUUCUUUUUUCACCUGCCGAAAUGAGUUAAAGAAUUCUAGGUAAUUAGGGUCAAAGUGCCCAUGACAGGAAAUCUUUUUGGCGUAAAUAUUUAGCUUAUUAUGUGUACAAACCAAUUCCCAUAAGAGAAAAAUUUCAAAAAACUUAGAACUCGGUUUUUUCAGGCCCUAAAGCGCUUUUAUUUUCUCUUUAGAGUGUCCCGUGGACUGGUAACGAAUAAGCGGGUGAUAACGUAGAAAACUGUGAAACUUUCUUCUAGAUUUCUCCUUCUUUCCGGCUCCACCAGAGUUGCCGACAGCAAUUUUAAAAACAGCUAUUAACUGGAAACAACAACAAACCCAAAUAAAGACCUAAAAUAAUUGGUUUCAGUGUGCAUCAUCAAAAUAAAAUAUUCAAAUUUUCACAUCACUUCCACAGCAAGCGGUAAUACAAAUAGAGGUGUUUGUGACUUCCAUAAGAUAAUACUCGACUUUAACGGUGACUGAAGAACGCGUCUUCGAAAUGUCCACGAACUUGAGCGCAACAAUGAAUGCAACUCUGCUGUGUCAAUUCAGAGCCUUGUGCUCAUAUCAGUGGAUCGAUUUGUAGCUGUGGUAUUUCCCCUCCGUUCCCCGCUCUUCAGUUCAAAAUUGUAUCGCUUCUUUAUUCUCGCCACGUGGAUCAUCGCCAUGGCUACAUUCAUCCCGUAUCUGGUCGCGUUCAAGCUGGUCGAAUACGAUCAUGAGUACAAGUGUGUGCGGCAAUGGAUGCGUGUUUUUGACGAUUCCUCGUCGGUGACAAAAUACUUUAUGGCACUUUUAUUGCAUUUUUUUUAUAUUCCCUUCGUUCUGAUGUUUAUUCUAUAUCUUGCCAUUUUUUUGAAACUGAAGUCCCAGAGAGGACCAGGCGAACACUCAAUGAACGCUCAAAUUCAGCGCCUGAGAAGGGAGAGAAAUGCGCUGAAGCUUUCCAUUGCUAUUGUGUUAGGUUUCGCUGUAUGCUGGAUUCCAUUCAGUAUUUUUGCAUUAGUACGUAUGUUUGCAGAUGAAAACAAUGCUAUACAAUGUCCCGUGGAUUCAAACAGUUAUUAGAGCAUGUUGCUCCGCUACUGAGUCGAACAGAUAGCGCUAUGAACCCCUGCAUCUGUUUUAUUUUCAGUGGAAAUUAUCGCCAAGGUCUUAACAAUCUCCUCGGCUGCUGA